AUGAUUGUGGUGGCACAGCAUGUACACGAUAUACAGCUUAAUGCAAUGCAGAAGGCGUUCGCGCCGCAAACAAUGACAGAAUUGGUUUCGAGCAUAACAGCUCCGAUGACUGACGUUGAAGAGGCACUUUUCAAUCAGAGAGGCAUGAAGGAGGUUUAUCACGCUUCGAAGUCAUUAGUAGCAUCUUUAAUUUCAGGCACCGUUCCGAGAUCUGGACAGAAGUGGUCGCGCAGUUUGUCGGAAGAACAAGCUCGGAAUCUGUCCUUUCGGAGCCACGUGCCCACUCCGUCACAUCGUCGGCGAGAAGGCGGUCGUCUGCAAACAUUGGCUGCGAGGUCUCUGCAAGAAAGGAGAUCAGUGCGAAUUCCUUCACGAAUACGAUCUCACCAAGAUGCCGGAAUGCUUCUUCUUCUCAAAAUACAGCGCGUGUAGCAACAGAGAAUGCCCCUUCCGACACAUUGAUCCCGAGACGAAGAUGAAAGAUUGUCCGUGGUAUGACAGAGGAUUCUGUCGUCACGGACCGUACUGCAAGCAUCGUCAUCGUCGUCGAGCUGUCUGUCCGAACUUUGUUGCUGGAUUCUGCCCACAAGGACCGGAAUGUCAGUAUGCUCAUCCAACGUUCAGUCUUCCGUCCUUCGAGAACAUUCCUGCCAGUCACCAAAGACAGCCCUACAGCCAGGGAAUCACUUGCCACAACUGCCAUGAAAGAGGACACAAAGCGACGAUGUGCCCCCAUCUUCCGGGCCAGAGCAAGAGCUCGGGUGAUCAUCAGCAUCGUGUCGACUUGUCGCUCAUUCCGGAUAAGAAGAAUCUUUCCGAUGUCACUUGCUACAAGGUCAGUUAGUUUUCUUUAUAAAAUUUCUCAUGUUCCAUUUGCAGUGCGGAGAAAAAGGUCACUACGCGAAUCGAUGCCACAAAGGAGCCCUCGCAUUCCUGUCGAGUACUGCCCACUUGGCUCAUGAACAAAGGGAAAGGGACGAAAAAGAGCAGGGAAGACUUAAUAACAUGAUGCGUCCAAUGUAAAGUUAACAAGCCGGUUUUAAAUCAAGCUCUACUGUUUCUGUUAUCAUUUGUCUCAAUCGUUCUCAUAAAUAUUUCAUUUUUUUUUGCAUUUUUCUCCUAAAUUAAUCUGGUUUUUUUACCAGUCACGUAAUUUACAUUGUGAUGUUCAAAUUGACAUUGUCUAUAGAUGACUCCAUUCAGAUGCCCCGCAAAAGGCCGGCUCCAGAGCCAGUUUUAUCUCCUCCAAGAGCACGGAUAACAAGAAGAUCAACGGCAAGUUCGGCGCCGUCCGCAAAAAGAAAACCUUCUCCGGAACCGGAAUCAGAUCAAGAUUGGGAUGAAGACGAAAGAGAUGCAGGACCGUCGACGUCGAAUUCAACAAAAACAGGAAAAAUACAGACACAACGAGCUAAAGGAAACAACGCAUCGAAGAAGUCUGUCCCUGUGAAGGAAGAGUCUGAAGAUGACGGCGAUGAAGAGGUAGAAGCAGAAGGAGGUGCCGAAGAUGAAGCAGAAGAUGAAGAAGACGGUGAAGAAGAAGUGGAUGGGAAAGAAGAACGAGUAGAAGAGGAAGAAGGAGUCGAUGGCGAGGAAGAGGAAGAAAACGGAGAGCAAGAAGAGCAGGAGGAAAACGGAGAGCAGGAUGAGGAAGAAGAGCAAGAAAACGAAGAAGAGCAAGAAGACGAAGAUGAACAAGAAGACGAAGAUGAACAAGAAGACGAAGAGGAAGAGGAGGAAGAGGAAGAAGAAGAACAGUACUCAAUGCCUGAGCCAGAACCAAUGUCUUCCUUGUCGUCUUUAAAAAAAAAUGCUAAAACAGCUACAAGAAAGAAAAAGCAUUCCUACCGUGCUACCGUGUCACCCUCAGCUUCCCGAUCCGUCUCCCCUGCUCUAUCCAACGCUUCAAGAGUAUCAGGCAUAGGAGGAAUGAGAGCGAAAGUAGGAACGACUUCAACGAAGGGGACGAAGAGAGAAACCGAACUUAUGCUUUCGAAGACGUCCGCAAGGAAUCUGCCGAAACGGAAGAAGCCAGUUGAAGAAGAAGGUCCAGAAGAAAGAAUGUUGAGAGAAAGGGCAGAACGGAAAGCGAGAAGAAUAGAAGAAGCGAGGAAUCGGCCGAAAUUGACGUACGAGGAGAAACUGGAGAAGUUGAAGAAGAAGAGAGAUCGGAAAGAGCGAAGGAAGCUGAGAGAGAAAGAAGCUUCGGUGCGGCACAAGUUCGGCUCGCGGAAAGCGAAACCGCAGGAAAGCAAGUGGAAUUUCGGGCCGAUAUCCUCAAUCAACCAGCGACGAAAAGAAGAAAUGAUGGUUUAUUUUCCGAAGGCAGACUUCUCUUCUGAGGAUGGACGACCGAAAGUACUGAACAACUUCCGAAGAGCCACUGUCAAGUACGAUAUGGACGUGUUGAAUCCGUUUAUUACUUGUGCAAUCUGUGAUGUAAGUGAAGCCGAAUAUAACCUUGAAAUAAACGAUUUUCUUUCAGGGAUACGUUGUCGACGCGACUACAAUCAUCGACUGCAUGCACACAUUCUGCAAGAGCUGCCUUCUAAAUUAUUUCGACUCAGAAGGCAACACGUGUCCUACGUGCGGCAUUUUGAUUCAUGGAUCCCAUCCGACACACUACGUCACCUAUGAUCGUGCUGUCAACGAACUCGUCAACCAGUUGGUGCCAAAGUUGGAGCAGACGGAAUUGGAGACCCGCAAGAUGUUCCUCAGAGAAUGUCGUGAGGCCCUCGGAAUAGACACAGCAGCGGAAGACCGAGAAAGGGCAGAACGGCUCCAAAAGGAACGAAUGAUUGGAACUAAUCGAUGCUUUCCACUCGAGAGAUCUUGGAUUUCGCACCAUCGGGACGACAGCCAAUUGACUGUAAAUCUUCUGCCUGGAACCGCUAACCUGCCCUUAAUCAACAGGCCGUUCAUUCGUUGUAGUGAGAUGGCCACAAUGAACACAUUGAAAAAGUGAGUUGUUCAAAGACGAGCUUCUCUCAUGUAAAAACAUGUUUCCAGGUUCAUUUCCCUCCAAAUCUGGGACGAUCAGAGCCGCUACGGCGACAUUGACAUGUUCUGUGACGGUCAACUCAUGGGCAAAGAUUUCUCGCUUCGGUUCGUCUGGAUGAUGAAACGACGUGGACAGCCGAAAGCGGAACCAAUCAUCAUUCGAUAUCACAUGAUUCAGAACUGA